GAUGCUGCAGCCACAGCUCACUGGUGGUGACGAAGGACGGAUAGCCUAGUGGGUCAGUCCGUGACUGUGUACAGACGGCGUGCAUAUGGCAGGGCUGGAGGAAAGUGCGGAGAUAUUGUUCAGGCGUGGAGCUGGUCAGAGUGAUGAUUCUGAUCUCUGGGAUGAUACAGCGUUGAUCAAGGCUUAUGACAGGGCAGUGUCAUCGUUCAAGAAAGCCCUGAAGAAUGGAGGCGACUGUCCUAUGGAGGCCGAGUCACCAGAGCCAAAAAACAAAACGAAAAGGAAAAAUAACAAGAAAAACCGGAGCCGGAAGAAAACCAACUCUGCUCCUGUGAAGAAGUGGAGAGUUGGAGACUCAUGUAAUGCGAUCUGGUCAGAGGAUGGCAACCUGUAUCCAGCCAGCAUUGAUUCCAUUGAUGCCAAACGAGGGACUUGUAUAGUCACGUAUACCGGCUAUGGGAAUAGUGAAGAGCAAAGUCUGGCUGAUUUGCGUUUCCCAGACAGUUCAGAAGCAGAAAGUGACCCUAAAGAUGUGGUGCAGGACGUGAAUGGGGAUGAACAUUCAACAGAUGAAAGUGACAAGUCCUCCAGAGCUUCUGGCAGCAGAGAUCACAGAGCAGCCGCACCAAAGUCCUCCUCCUGGUAUCCUCCCUUCCCGCCAGCUCCACCCCCUUUUAUGCCUGGGUUUGGACAGCACGGGGAGAAAUCUAAUCAAGCACAUCCCUUUCUUCCUGGAUGUCCUCCGUCAUUUCCACCAGGUCCUCCUUUGAUCCCUCCUCCACCUCCUAUGGGUCCUGAUAUUGCCGAAGAUGAUGAGGCCCUAGGAAGCAUGUUAAUUGCCUGGUACAUGAGUGGCUAUCAUACUGGUUACUACUUGGGAUUAAAGCAGAGUCGAAUGGAAUCCUCAUUUGGAAAGUAUUCACAUCCCAAAUAAAUGUAAUAAACUACAGCAUCUGGCAUCUCUCCCAGGGAGAGCACGGGACUAUCAGCGACAAGAAGACUGCCAUUUGUUUUUUCCUUUUUGUAUUAGUUGUCACGAGAUGUGUAUGAUUAGUUUGACAUCUUGUGUAAUUGAACUAUCUAUUCUAGAACAAUUCUGUACACUUCUAAGAUGCUGCAAAUAUAAUGUAUAAUACUGCAUAAUAACUAGAAAUCGCGUGAAUCCAGCAGAACUGAAGAAAUAAAAAAGUAAUUGCAAAUGCCAUGGGAGGGAUGUCCAAAGGCAAGAACCUCUUCAAUUGUUUACUACAUGUUUCCAAAGCAAAAGAAACUUGUGACUU